CCUCCCAGAUCUAACCAAGAAAAUGGCCGACUCCUCAACGCCGCACUCCAACGGCGCCGCCGCCGGCGAGGAGAGCCCCUCGGUGCCCCGUUCCCUGGCGCCGCCGCGGAAGGUGGCGCUGGUGACGGGCAUCACGGGGCAGGACGGCAGCUACCUGACGGAGCUGCUCCUCUCCAAGGGGUACGAGGUGCACGGCCUGAUCCGCCGCUCCUCCAACUUCAACACGCAGCGGCUCGACCACAUCUACCACGACCCUCACGCCGCCCCUUCGGCGGACCGGCCGCCGAUGCGCCUCCACUACGCCGACCUCUCGGACGCCUCCUCCCUCCGCCGCGCGCUCGACCACGUCCUGCCCGACGAGGUCUACAACCUCGCCGCGCAGUCCCACGUCGCCGUCUCCUACGAGAUCCCGGACUACACCGCCGACGUCACCGCCACCGGCGCCCUCCGCCUCCUCGAGGCAGUCCGCCUCUCCUCCAAGCCCAUGCGCUACUACCAGGCCGGAUCCUCUGAAAUGUUCGGCUCCACCCCGCCGCCGCAGAGCGAGACCACGCCCUUCCACCCCCGCUCGCCCUACGCCGCCGCCAAGGUCGCCGCGCACUGGUACACCGUCAACUACCGCGAGGCCUACGGCAUCUUCGCCUGCAACGGCGUGCUCUUCAACCACGAGUCCCCCCGCCGCGGCGAGAACUUCGUCACCCGCAAGAUCACCCGUGCUGUCGGCCGCAUCAAGGUCGGCCUCCAGACCAAGGUCUUCCUCGGCAACCUCUCCGCCGCCAGGGAUUGGGGCUUCGCCGGGGAUUACGUUGAGGCAAUGUGGCUGAUGCUGCAGCAGGACAAGCCUGGUGACUAUGUUGUCGCCACUGAAGAAUCCCAUACUGUGGAGGAGUUCUUGCAGGCUGCCUUUGGGUACGCCGGGCUGGACUGGAAAGAUCAUGUGGUCAUUGACAAGAAGUACUUUCGCCCUGCAGAGGUGGACAGCCUCCAGGGGGAUUCAUCCAAGUCGAGGAGAGAACUUGGGUGGAAGCCCAAGGUUGGGUUCCAGCAGCUAGUCGAGAUGAUGGUCGAUAAUGACAUUGAGCUUGCCAGGAAGGAGAAGGUCCUUGUGGAUGCUGGGUACCGCGACGCCAAGCAGCAGCCAUAGAAUUUGUAGCAAUACGUUGAUCGAUGGAGCCUGAUUUGGGUUUUCGCCCUUGAAGCUGAUACAGUGUGGCAAUUGCAGUAAAGGUUGGCUCAGGUUAUUAUCGUUUAUCUCAAGGUAGAAAUAAGGAGGUUUGCAGUUUGGUUAUACAAUAUCUUUAAUUAUGUUACUACAGGUGUGAUUUUAUCAAUUUUGAAUGAAUCAGUCAGUGCCAUUUUUGAAGGGAAAUCGUCAGUCUGAUUAUGAAA